AAUUACGGGCGUUAUCUAUACGCACAUUCGUUCAAGUUAACCUUUCGACGAUAAAGACGAUUGAAGUGGCACUCGGUAGCACUGGCAUUCGUACUACGGGACCACAUUUUUACAAUCACCUCGACGAACGUGUCGUGUACCUAAAUAUACGCCCCUAAGAGUUAUUUUACUAAUAUAACUAUAAUUUAUUAAACCAUAACAAGUCGCAGUGCGCGGGAUGUGUGCCUUAAUUACUCUUAAAUAAAACAGUUGUCUGUGUGUGGUUCGGAAACAAUCUGAUCGUGUAACAUAUAACCUCGACGGCAACGUCAGCUGACAUAGUCAUUAUUCAACAGCAAAAUGAGUACGAUGACGUCGUACGCCCCAGCCGAAAUAUCCUACAAGGGAUUCAGGUUCCUGAUCACAAUGAAACCGACUAACGCAGGCAUGCUAGAGUACAUCCAGGAGUUGAAGAAGCACCGAGUUACCGCCGUAGUGAAGCUUUGCGAAGAAGGUUACGAUACGAAGAUGCUCAACGACAACGGUAUCGUGGUUUUAGAUCUGUCGUUCCCUGACGGAAAGGCCCCGCCAGAUUUCAUCAUGGACGAAUGGUUUAAGGUAUUGAAGAAUCAGUUCGAGGGCAAUGCUGAUGCUUGUAUAGCUGUACACUGCGUUUCGGGAUUGGGUCGGGCACCCGUGCUGGUCGCACUGGCGCUCAUUGAGCUCGGCUUAAAAUAUGAAGAAGCCGUGGAACUGAUCAGAGAGAAGAGGAGGGGCGCGAUCAACACUAAGCAGCUAGAGUUUUUGGAGAAGUACAAGCGAAGGCAUAGGUUGGACGAUCAUCACAAGAAGUCGUGCAUUUUGCAAUGAUCGCAUUUUGAAUUUCGUCGGACGAUUUUGUUUUCGUUGCUGUUACUGAGUUUUCGAGAUCGUGGUCCCCCGUGUUUCUACAGUGCUCGAAGGUUAGAUUAAAAUGGCGAAAGUUUGUUGAGGUAGAUUCAAAACUUUAUUACCGGUUUUUGUGCUGUCUGACAGCAAGUUGGCUUUUGGAGAACUGCGGGAGAUUAAUUGAGUGCUACUCUAGUUUUAUCCGGUAAGCGAGUGAAACUAUGGCUCGGGAUUAUGCCUUCGUUUAUUUUUGACGAUUCUUCGCCAUGUGCGACCGUAUUGUAUCGGUAUUCUAUCGAGUAAGGCGUAAAUGCAAUUAAAAUAAGGAAAUAUACACAUCACAGUAGUUUGGCAUUUUAUUUCAAUUAUAUCU